UGUGGCGGACUGACGGUUAUUUCUUUGCCUGCUAAUUUUGGAUAACAAUUCGUACAAAAUGGAACGUUUGUGACACUUGAAUUAUUUCUCUACGAACUAUGAAGAACGGGUUUAUUGGAUAAGGGGGAUAAUUAUAUUUUAACGUAGCAAGUGUUUCCAGUUCAUUGGAAGGAUGGAAACCCUGAUUCCUACCAUCAACAGGCUGCAGGAGGUCUUCCUCACAGUGGGUGCAGAGAUCAUUCAACUGCCUCAGAUUGUCGUGGUUGGAUCUCAGAGCAGUGGAAAGAGCUCUGUGUUGGAAAGCCUGGUUGGACGAGAUUUCUUGCCUAGGGGAUCAGGAAUAGUCACAAGACGACCCCUCGUGUUGCAGCUCAUUAAUGUUUCCCCUCUGCAGGAGCGACUGAAGAUUGAGAAUGGAAAUGGGGUAAAACAAAAUGUCCAAAACAGCUACCCAGGUGUCAAAGCUGAAGAAUGGGGUACUUUUCUGCACUGCAAGAACCAGAUUUUCUCAGAUUUUCAGGAAAUUCGUCGAGAAAUUGAAGCAGAGACUGAACGCAGUUCGGGUGACAACAAGGGAAUCAGUCCUGAGCCCAUCUAUUUGAAGAUAUAUUCUCCAAAAGUGCUUAACCUCACCCUGGUUGAUUUACCUGGAAUAACUAAGGUUCCUGUUGGUGAUCAGCCAGAGGACAUCGAGACUCAAGUACAAGAGAUGAUCUUAUCCUUCAUCUCCAAUCCAAACUCCCUCAUCCUCGCUGUGUCCCCUGCCAACUCUGACUUGGCUACCUCUGAUGCGCUGAAAUUGGCUCGUGAGGUCGAUCCAGAUGGCCGCCGAACAUUGCUGGUGGUCAGUAAGUUGGACUUGAUGGAUGCAGGGACUGAUGCACUGGAGGUCCUGUUAGGUCGAGUCAUUCCAGUCAGACUUGGGAUCAUUGGAGUUGUAAACAGGAGUCAGCAUGACAUCAAUACCCAGAAGAGCCUGGAGGACUCAAUGAAGGAUGAGCAGGCCUUCCUGCAGCGGCACUACCCCUCGCUCGCCUCCCGCGCUGGCUCCCGUUAUCUGGCCAAAACUCUCAGCAGGCUGCUCAUGCACCAUAUCCGGGACUGCCUGCCAGAACUCAAAACCCGAGUGACCGUGCUGAGUUCACAGUACCAGGCACAGCUAAACAGCUACGGCCAGCCGGUGGAAGACCACAGCGCCACACUGCUGCAGAUUGUCACCAAGUUUGCUAGUGAUUACUGCAACACCAUUGAAGGGACAGCCAGAUACAUCCAGACUUCAGAGCUCUGUGGUGGUGCACGAAUCUGUUACAUAUUCCAUGAGACGUUUGGUCGCACUCUGCAGUCCAUCGACCCCCUGGGAGGACUGACUGAGCUUGAUAUCCUCACUGCCAUCCGCAAUGCUACGGGUCCCCGGCCUGCACUCUUUGUGCCCGAGGUGUCCUUUGAGUUGCUGGUGAAGCGGCAAAUUAAGCGGCUGGAGGAGCCGAGCCUGCGCUGUGUAGAGCUUGUUCAUGAAGAGCUGCAGAGAAUCAUCCAGCACUGCUCUUCCUUCAGCACACAGGAGCUCCUGCGAUUCCCCAAACUGCAUGAUUCUAUUGUGGAAGUGGUGACGGGAUUACUGAGGAAGCGCCUGCCGAUUACUAAUGAUAUGGUUCAUAAUUUAGUAGCAAUAGAACUGGCCUACAUCAACACCAAACAUCCUGACUUCACGGAUGCAGCCCAGGUUUCAGCAUCUGUCAACAGUCAGCAGGCAGAGGGCUUGGAUGGAGGGAAGCGCUGGAAGAAUGAGAGGGUUGCAGAAGAGAAAGCUCCUGCUGCAGGUUUUGGCAGCCCCAGCAAAGGCCAGGCCAUUAACCUCCUUGACACAGCAGUGCCCGUAUCUCGCAAACUGAGUUCCAGGGAGCAAAGGGACUGUGAGGUCAUCCAGCGCCUCAUCAAGUGCUACUUCCUCAUUGUCCGCAAAAGCAUUCAAGACAGUGUGCCCAAGACCGUGAUGCACUUCCUGGUGAACUUUGUGAAAGAGCAUCUUCAGAGCGAGCUGGUGGGUCAGCUUUACAAACAGCCACUGCUGCAGGAGCUGCUCAUUGAGUCACAGGACACGGCACAGCAGCGCACCGAGGUUGCGCAUAUGCUGGAGGCACUCAAAAAAGCCAAUAACAUCAUCUCUGAGAUCCGGGAGACCCAUCUGUGGUAGCCGGAGGAAAGGAACAAUUCCCCUGUCAUAGGACAGCUUUGAGAGUAUGAGAGUGUAUGUGAGUUUACAGCACUGGAGUCGAAUGUUAGUGAGAGUGUGUGUCUGUGUGUGGUUGGAUGACAGCAGCACCACUGUUUUCUCAUGGACCAAUGACCAUAGCACAUUAAGAUGUCAUUUAUUCCUGUCAACUGUUGUCCUCAUUAAUGCAGCGGGGCUGUUAUUUUUCACUGUGAACGUGUGUUUGUUGGGAAAGAAAUUCAUUAAACACUCAGGCUGAAUGUGAUAUCUUGAAGUUGGAAUAAGAAGCACAGCCAAGAACAAAGUCAUUCUUUAAACAACCUUCAUCGGGUCAAAGAUUAUUGCUGUAGUUACAAAAUGUAGACGAUAUGUGAAGUAUUUUUGUUGUUUUCAACGCUGCUUCUCUUUUUUUCUCUUUUUUUGAACAGAAUAUGUUCACUCUGAAAAAAUUGUCUCUCCAAAAAACUUGCUUCCUCUGAGCCACUUCAGCAGGUGCUAAAAUUAUGUUAGAUUAGAUGUGUUCCAACUUAAAUCCCCUGCUUCGCAGCACUCACCAGAUUUAGAAAUGAAAUGAAAUUUGUACUCAAUCAAUGCAGACUGCAGUGCAACACUGUAGACAGAGCACAGUCAUUUACAGAACCCACAGGAUGAAUGCAGAUUGUUUUUUUUCCUUCUAAUCAAUGCGGUUUAUUUUCCAAAGACACAUUUACAUAUCAGCUCAUUUAUACUGCUGCACUGACCUUUCAGUAUUGUGUGUGUUAAUGAAAAGAGACCAAACAUUCCUAAAUACUUUUUUCUGACUUAUGUAUAAGCUGUAAAAAAGGACUCCUCUUUAGAUUUAACACCUUUAGUGUGUAUAUAUAAGCUUUGAUAUUAAGAAAACAAGCAUAAUUCAAAUAAUAAAAAUGUGUAUUGUCAGGAUAUUAUGUUACAUGGUUAGGGAUCUUCAACCUUUGUUAGAUCUAAGAUCCAAACCGCUGUUUUUUACCUUUUUGCUUUCAUCAAACCCCAGAAGAGAGAUUUUCAGUCCCUGUCCAGCUGUAAAGACCCUUCGACUGUCAGUUUGCAGCUUUUACCUGCAUGCAUUUUUCCCCAAAAACUUCAUCUUACAUCACAAGUUAGUAAGAUUAACUUACUUCUGUGCCAAGAUCAUUUUUAUUGUGUAAUUUUUGCUUGAUGUGAGAAAAUUAUUCAUCUCUUUCCAUCUGUUCCUAACUUAGAUUGUUGUUCCGCCAAAUUCUUCCCUGCAGCGCUGUAGUGAUUGAUGUGAAUCUUCUCUCAUAACCAAACAAAUUAUUCUCCUCAGAAUUAGGCUUUUUCAGGAAGACCUGCCUUAAACCGGACCAUCCAAGAGCAAACGCAACAUCCUGUUAGUGUGUCUCUCUGAAAGCCUCUGUGUACGUGCACGUGUGUGAUCAGAAUGCAUGUGGGAUCGUAUGGAUGAAUGACUUAUGUACAUUUUGUAUUAUUUAAAUGUAUAUUAUUAUCAACGUGUCGACUGCCUCUGAGUUCUUGCCUGCCAAUAUUUGUGGUACAUGUUUACUGAAUGAAGUCUGCUGAGUAUGGAGGGACUCAUUAAACCCUAACAAAGGA